CCAGAAGUAUGGGUCUGCUAAGGAGGUGGUCAAUUCUGCUAUCAAGUCUUCCUGUGUUACUGACGAUUGCACUGGAGGUGGAGACGAGUUACUCUGUUGACCCCGCAGAAACAGCAAACACAAUCAACUACAAGGACCCAUGCAAAGCUGCUGCCUUUUUGGGUGACAUUGCACUCGAUGAAGAAGACCUGCGUAUGUUUAGGGUGGAAGGUCGCCUGAUGAUCAACCAUACUCAGUCAGGAAACGAGUCGGUCGGUGGUUACCGGAUCAAGAAAGGCCGGCGACAGAGGGCGGCGACAGCCAGGCCAGAGAGGGUGUGGCCAGAUGCUGUCAUUCCAUAUGUCAUCAGCGGAAACUUCAGUGGCAGCCAGAGGGCCAUCUUCAAGCAGGCCAUGCGUCACUGGGAGAAACACACGUGCGUGGCCUUCAUCGAGAGGAGCACGGAGGAAAGCUACAUCGUCUUCACAUACCUGCCCUGUGGGUGCUGCUCGUACGUGGGGAAGCGAGGGGGGGGCCCCCAGGCCAUCUCCAUUGGAAAAAACUGUGAUAAGUUCGGCAUCGUGGUGCACGAGCUGGGUCAUGUCAUCGGCUUCUGGCACGAACACACACGUCCAGAUCGAGAUGAGCACGUAGCCAUCUUCAGAGACAACAUCCAGCAAGGUCAGGAGUACAACUUCCUGAAGAUGGAGCCUGGUGAGGUGGACUCGCUCGGAGAAACCUACGACUUCGACAGCAUCAUGCACUAUGCCAGGAACACCUUUUCCAGGGGUAUAUUCCUAGAUACCAUCCUACCUCGUUAUGAUGUAAGUGGUGUGAGGCCCCCCAUUGGCCAGAGGACCAGACUAAGUGCAGGGGACGUAGCGCAGGCACGCAAACUCUACAACUGCCCCACAUGCGGUGAGACUCUGCAGGACAGCACAGGGAACUUCUCCUCCCCAGGGUUCCCCAACAGCUACGCAGCCUACUCGCAAUGUGUCUGGAGGAUCUCGGUCACGCCCGGAGAGAAAAUCAUUUUGAACUUUACAUCUAUGGACCUCUACAAGAGUCACUUGUGCUGGUAUGAUCAUGUGGAGAUACGAGAUGGGCACUGGAGAAAUUCCCCUCUGAAAGGCCGUUUCUGUGGAGACACUCUUCCUGACGCUAUUAUCUCGACUGAUAGCCGACUCUGGAUAGAAUUCCGCAGCAGCAGCAACUGGGUUGGAAAAGGCUUCGCCAUCACUUAUGAAGCAAUCUGUGGUGGCGAAAUCAGUCGUAAUAGUGGCCAGAUCCAGUCGCCCAACUACCCUGAUGACUACCGCCCCCAUAAGGUGUGUGUGUGGAAGGUGACCGUCGCCGAGGGAUUCCACGUCGGACUCAGCUUUCAGUCCUUUGAGAUCGAGAGGCACGACAGCUGCGCCUAUGACUACCUGGAGGUGCGGGAUGGACACUCUGAGGCCAGCCCCCUGCUCGGACGCUUCUGCGGCUAUCAGAAGCCGGAUGACAUCAAGACCAGCUCCAACCAGCUGUGGCUCAAGUUCGUCUCAGACGGCUCAGUCAACAAGGCCGGAUUCUCAGCCAGUUUCUUCAAGGAGACUGAUGAGUGUGCGCGUCCUGAGAGGGGAGGGUGUGAGCAGCGCUGCCUAAACAGCCUGGGCAGCUACCACUGCGCCUGUGACCCCGGCUUUGAGCUCGCGCAAGACAAGAGGAGCUGUGAGGCAGCUGCUUGUGGUGGCCUCAUCACCAAGCUGAACGGCUCCCUGUCGAGCCCUGGCUGGCCCAGAGAGUACCCCCCCAACAAGAACUGCGUGUGGCAGCUGGAGGCCCCCCCCCAGCACCGCAUCACCCUGCUGUUCGAGGCCUUUGAGACGGAGGGCAGCGACGUGUGUAAGUAUGACUAUGUGGAGGUGCGGAGUGGGCAGGCGCCGGACUCGAAGCUCCACGGCAAGUUCUGUGGCAGUGAGAAGCCGGAGCGGAUCACCUCGCAGUCCAACAGCAUGCACAUCGAGUUCAAGACUGACAACACCGUCUCCAAAAAGGGCUUCAAGGCUCAGUUCUUCUCUGACAAGGACGAGUGCUCCAAGGACAACGGGGGCUGCCAGCACGAGUGUGUCAACACCUACGGCAGCUACAGCUGCCAGUGCCGCAGCGGCUUUGUACUGCAUGAUAACCAGCAUGACUGCAAAGAGGCGGGAUGUGACCUCACACUGAACAGCGUUACUGGCACCAUCACUAGCCCCAACUGGCCCGAUAAGUACCCCAGCAAGAAGGCCUGCACCUGGGCCAUCACCACCACUCCAGGACACCGCAUCAAACUGGCCUUCACUGAGAUUGACAUGGAGGCGCAUCCCGAGUGUGCGUACGACCAUCUGGAGAUUUAUGACGGCCGCGACGGGAGGGCACCCAGUUUCAGACGUGUCUGCGGCUCCAAAAAGCCCGCCCCCAUCAUCGCCACCGCCAACCGGAUGUUCCUACGCUUCUUCUCCGACAACUCAGUCCAAAAAAGGGGUUUUGAGGCCACAUACACAUCAGAGUGUGGGGGCAGCCUGACGGCAGAGGUGAAGACCAAAGACCUGUACUCCCAUGCCCAGUACGGGGACAACAACUACCCCGGCGCGAGCGACUGCCAGUGGGUGAUCUCGGCCGAGAAGGGCUACGGUGUGGAGCUCAUCUUCCAGACGUUCGAGAUCGAGGAGGAGGCCGACUGCGGCUAUGACUACAUGGAGCUGUUUGACGGCGCCGACAUCAAGGCCCCUAGACUUGGGCGCUACUGCGGAUCCGGGCCUCCUGAAGAGAUCUACUCAGCUGGCGAUGCCAUCGUGAUCAAGUUCCACUCAGACGACACCAUCAGUAAGAAAGGCUUCCACCUGCGCUACACCAGCACCAAGUUCCAGGACACGCUUCACACCAGCAAGUGACCUCUCUCCAAACACACACACACACACCCUCACACUCACACAUGCACACACACACACUCAUGCAUACACC